AUGAUCACCAUUACUCAAGACUCCGAGUUCAUGACCAACUUGCUGGCUGCUAACCCUGUCCCAGCCGGCAAGCAGUUCGUCGCCAUCCUAGACAAAGACUCGAAUCCCGCAGUGUUUGCUCUAGGCGAGGAUUCAGUCCUCAACCUCAUCAUCAACCAAGAUGGUAACCCCUCUCGCAUUGACUUUGGUGCUCUGUGCAAGGUCUCUGGAAAUGUUCUCGCAUUCGGGGUCCAGCAGAACCUAGACAGCACACUGUCUAUUGUGAUCGCCUCGGAUGCUGGCAACAACCUCAGCAACGUGUAUAUCCUCGUGGGUGUCAUGCCCGCCGACCUUCUCACGAUCCAGCCAAGCAGUGUCUUGUUUGCUGGUGGCUCAUACCCAGUAGUGUACGAUAGCGACUUUACUCAGACGGCCGGAACCACAAACUUUCCCAUGAUCUUUCUGGCUCUGGCGCCACCAGGAUCCCUCACCGAGUCCAGCCAACUGGGAUAUCUGAACGUGUCAGCGAAGCAAGGGGGCGGGUUUGACUUCUCGCUCAAUACUUCGUGGAGGCUGGCAACGGAUCCCAUCUCCAUCUUAAGCGUUGCCUUUGGAACAUGUCCCCUCGGCAACGGAGCCUUUGUCUUGUACACUGCCAGCGAUGGGAAUCAUCUUCAAUUCUGCACGUUUGGGGGAAGUGGCUUUGUGUCCGAGAUGACGUGCCCCGACGAGGCACUUUCCAUCGACUCUUAUGUCAACCCCACAACGACAUACACAGAGCUUCUGGUGGGCGGAGAUGUCAUCACACUGUUCACCUAUCGCCAGUACUGCGUUGGGCAAGGCGUAGGCACGCCUGUUGUCACUGAUAGUGGUGCCCUUGGGGUGAAGAAUCUUCUCGCCUCCCAGUCUCAGGGCAUCAUCACCAUGUGGUACACAACGGCUACGAGCUCAGUGUACUACUACACGGCGCCGCUCGCUUCCAUCACGGGCGGGCAGCUAGUCCCUCUGCUUGAUGAUGGACAGGGGGCACAGAUAUCCACACUCCUGGCUGCUAAAGAGGCCCAGGGGACGCUCAUGGUCGACACCCUACUUGCAGCCGACGGAACAGGAAACCUAUCCAUGCUCCAGUGCGCCUCGGACACCGGAAUCUGGCAGUCAGUUCCAUUCUACGCACCAUCUGAUGCCAACAACAUGGAUGUGCCAAGCUUCACCCUACGGUUCAAGACUUCCUCCGACGAUCCGACUCAGCCUGUGCAGAGCUGUCAGCUGCACAUUGUGAGCUCGGGUGCUGUUGAAGUCUUUGCCAACGGCGCCUCCGCGACCAUCGACACUGAAGGCAAGUGGUACCAGGCAGAUGCGUUUGGUGUGGUCAGCGUCAUUGUUUCCACUGCAGACAUGGCAUCCUUCACCUUCCAGGUAAACCAGUUUCAGGCUGCCGGGGGCAGUCCCGUGGCCAUACAGAACGAUGUCUUGAAUCCCAACGGAAAGCUGAACUCGAAGCUUGCCUUCAUUCAACAUGCAGGUGACCUCUUGAAUGCCAAAACCCAGACAGGAGAUCCGUUGAUUGCACCAGGGACGGUCAACGAACAGGACGCAGAGCAAGCUGCGGCCAUGAUCAGCCAAAACCAUCCAAGGGAGAUUGAAGAAUUCUUGGAUAGAAUGAGCGAGACGAGUUGGUAUGACCCUUGGGGGUUCUUUUCCUGGUGCUUCGAAAAGGCCAAGCAGGCUACAAGCUGGGUCCUUCAGAAGAUUGGGAAUGUUCUGAAUUUGGUGAUAGAAAUCGCCGGCACGGUGUACAAGUUCAUCCUCGACGGCGUUGAAGCCGUUGGAAAGGCCAUGAGCUGGGUCUUUGAAAAGAUCACCGUCGGAGUGCAGAAGCUGAUUGACUUUGUCGGUUUCAUCUUCCAAUGGGGAGACAUCCUUGACACCUCUGACAGCAUCGUGGCCUUUAUCAACGCUGGCCUCGGAUAUGCACAGGACCAAGUCUCGGGUUUGAAGGCCAAGGAGCAGCAGUUCAUGCAGACGUUGAAGGACUCUGUGAACAACCGACAGGCCCCCGAGAAUAUCGCCGCUGGCACCGAGACCAAAGAUCCACAGGAAACAAACGACAUGGAUGCGGCCAAGAACAGCGUCGCAUACAACUGGGUGUCGUACCAAGUUACAUAUGGAGGUAUGGCUCAGAAUGGCAAUAUCAACGGCGCAGCGGAUCUCAUGUCCACCAUGCCAACUCUCGAGGACGGCACCACUCUGCAGGAUCUCUGGAAUGACCUGUCAACUAUCUUUCAAACCCUGUACCACUACAUCACCACCAUUGGAGGCGAUGUGAGCAACCUCUUUACCCCUACCACCACCUCAACCGACGCGUACAACAGACUGAAGCUCGACCUGAUCAACGCUGCGAUUGACACGACGCAGAACGUCCUGGAUCUUCUCAUCGACGCCCUGUCUUUGGUCUUGACUCAGUUCCAGGAACUAUGCAACCAAGCUAUCGAGCUCCCCAUCUUCACUGCCCUCUGGAAAGCCAUCGCCGGUGGCAGGGACUUUACCGUCUUCAACGCCUUCUCUCUGCUUAUGGCAAUUCCUGUGACGGUUGUGUACAAGGUGGUCAAGGGUACAGCUCUCCCGUCUUUGAAGGGCAUGGACAAGACCACUUUCGCAGCCUACGUGAAUGGCACCCUAGGUGACGAUGACUCGGAAUUUGGCAUCACCCGCACGCAGAUUCAGAUCGUUGGGUUUGCGAUAGCGGUCACAGCCAUCCACCUUGAAGUGGACUUUCAGUUGAUCAGCUGGGUGACCAACAAGAUUCAAGGUCUCGCCGCCGAGACUAUAGACACUGGUCUGAUCUUUGUUGGUGUGGCUAUGUUGAUCAUUGGAUGGCCCGUUGCUGGUCAGAAGGACAUGGGAAUGAGAUUCAUCGUGAGUUAUACUCCUUGCAAUUUUAUCUUAUAUAGCCCCCAGGGCCUAGGCUUUCAGCUUUACGAGUAUAAUUUGGCAUACUGA